AUGGAGGCUCUCAUCCUGGGCGCUUUCGUCGCACUUCUGCACACCAUCGCAGCCAUGGCAAUAAUGGACUUGAGUGGCCGAAUUCAUGCAACAGAGUGUGUCAACGGCCCAAACACUCCAUACGACGAGGACAUCCUCGUUGGCUUAAUCACCGACAUCUACAAGCUCUUCCUCAAGAUUAGACCGGCAGAAGCCUAUUCAAUUUCCUGGUCGCCUCCAGAAGGUCGCGAGCUCAAUGUCUCCUCACUCCCCGCGGAGGCUCCUGUCGCAUUUAUAUUGCCAGAGAUGGCAUCUCUGGAUUACUCAUACACACCCGAGUUGCUGCAAAGCCGACUUGCGAACGUCCGAAACUACGACGAGUACCUCCAAACGGAUGAGUCGAUAUUCGCGCCCCUACAACUGUCGUGCUUUUCCGAGGAAGCCAUGACGUUACACCUCUUCUGGUGCUUGACAUCGAAAACAGUCUACACAAUCAGAUGGGUUGGCGACGUCUAUCAGCUGAAAGACGAAUACACCCACACUGAAAACAACCAGAAGAAGCUUGACGAUUAUCGCUACGAACCUACCAACUGGCCCGCAAUGUCAGCAUCCCGGUACUUCGAGACGGUGCUGCACAACUACCGCGAAGCCAUCUGGAUCCCCAACAGCGUUGAAGGCAUAGAUGUCGCAGAUAGAGUGAGUAGUCGUUGA